AAUAAAAAUAAAAAAAUCCAGCCAAGCAUUGAUGGACCAAUUACAAUGGAGGAUUAGGUAACCAAUCACGAAUCACGUUGUUGCGACGUCCAGUACGACUGCGCACGCUGGCAUGAGAGAAACAAAAAACAUAUUUAUCAACUUUCUAAACCGAUUCAAGCAUGGACGCUCAAAAAGAUGUGCAACCCCCCAAGCAACAGCCUAUGAUCUACAUAUGUGGGGAAUGCCACACUGAAAAUGAAAUUAAGGCUCGUGAUCCAAUCAGAUGCAGAGAGUGUGGAUACAGAAUCAUGUACAAGAAGAGAACAAAGAGAUUGGUUGUGUUUGACGCGCGGUGAAGUGGACGACUACAACUUUGACUCAUUUUUGUUCUGUUAGUGUUUAGUGUGUCACAGUGUUGCACCAAGUCACCAACACUUCAUAUUCUUUCUAGGAAAUCCCACAGGCUUGGGAAGCAGUGCCAGUAUGGGUGCCCAGUUGGUUGAUUAUGUUCCUGCAACUGUAAUCAAUGAUAGAUAUGGUUUAUAAAAUACAUCCUGAUUGA